AUGGCGCAGCAUUUGGUGAAUGAUAUUAAACUUGAAGAGGUCCCAAACAAACAUUCACAAACAUACCCCUUUAUUGUGCUUACAGUUGCUGAUGUAGAAUGUGGCUUGGUGAUGGCUCGUAAAGGUCGAAUAGUGGGAGGUUCAGACAGUCUGCCUGCCGAAUUUCCGUGGACGGCUAGCAUUUGGAGACAAGGCACGCAUCAGUGUGGAGCUACUGUUAUCAAUGAUAGAUGGCUGUUAACUGCUGGUCACUGCGUUUGCAGUGUUUUCGACGAGUUCUACAAAACAAAACAGUUAACGGUAGUUGUCGGGUACACAGAUAUUUCAGCCAGUGACAAAAAUGAGAAGCUAACUAAAAUAAUACCACACCCGGAGUAUAGAUGUAAAAAGAAAACAAACGACGUAGCACUUCUUAAGACAGCUCGCCAGUUCCAAUGGAGUGAUGAGCUUAGACCCGCGUGCCUCCCACUUCCUCUCUCUUCAGAUUUCAGCGGACGAAUUGCUACGGUGGCUGGGUGGGGCUUCACUAAUGAAGACAGGGGUAUAGGAACAAGACCAAAUGUUUUGCAAAAGACUGAAGUGGUGGUGGUAGAGAACGGCGAAUGUAACAGAUGGUACGAGUCGCAGGGCAGCAAAGUUAGAGUGAUAGCGACUCAAAUGUGCGCGGGAUAUGAGCAAGGUGGCCGCGACUCCUGUUGGGCUGACAGCGGUGGUCCAUUGACAUUGAAAGGCGAUAAGGGUCAUAUUAUGUUGGUCGGCGUAGUCUCGACCGGAAGUGGUUGUGCUAGAGCUAAAAUGCCAGGAAUAUACACUAGAGUAUCAAAAUACACAGAAUGGAUCAUGUCUAAUGUUAAUGAGGAUAGCGCAAGAUCUGGUUUGAGUUGGUACUUUAGAAGUGGA